UUCCGGCGCGUCCUGAUGCUGCAGGCAGCGUGCGACAGGGCAGCCUGGGCUCCCGAGCUGGCAGCGGCAGCCUGGCGGACAGAGAUGGCUGCGUCCACGGAGCGGAGCCGCCGCGGCGGCGGCGGCGGCGGGUUUGCUGGGUGUCCGCGGACGGUGAAGCCUUGUUGGCGGCUCGCGGUGCUCCUGCUCUCCGUGUCCUCUCUGCCGGCGGUCACGGCGCUGGUGGAGGGCCUGUACUGCGGCACGGAGGUCUGCUACGAUGUGCUCGGCGUCACCCGGGAGGCCUCCAAAGCGGAGAUCGCUCGGGCUUACCGGCAGCUGGCCCGCCGGUACCACCCGGACCGGUUCAGGCCGGGAGAGCCCGGCUUGGAGGGGGAAACCAAGGAGUCCGCACAGAAGAAGUUCCUGCUCGUCGUGACCGCGUACGAGACGUUAAAGGACGAGGACACUCGGCGGGACUACGACUACAUGCUGGACCAUCCUGAGGAGUACUACCAGCACUACUACGCCUACUAUCGCCGACAGCUCACGCCCAAAGUGGACGUCAGGAUCGUCAUCCUGGUCACCAUCUGUGCCAUCUCCAUCUUCCAGUACUACAGCUGGCACAGCAGCUACAACGAGGCCAUCAACUACCUGGUGACGGUCCCCAAAUACCGAAUUCAGGCCACGGAGAUCGCCAAGCAGCAGGGCCUCCUCAACCGCACCAAGGAGAAAGGCAAAAACCGUCGCUCCAAAGAGGAGAUCCGGGAGCAGGAGGAGGAGGUGAUCCGUGACAUCAUCAAAAAUAAGAUCGACAUUAAAGGAGGCUACCAAAAGCCCAACCUGUCAGACAUCCUGCUGUGUCAGAUUGUGCUGUUCCCCUACUACCUGACCAACUACGUGGCCUGGUACGUCUCCUGGAUUUACCGCUUCACCAUCUGCAGGGAGGAGUACGGAGAAGAGGAGAAACUCUACAUCAUCAGGAGGUACAUGAAGAUGUCUCAGUCUCAGUUUGACAGUCUGGAAGAAAACACCAGACAGUCCUUCCUGGAGAAACAGCUCUGGAACAAAGAAAACUACGAGGUGUACAGAAAGGAGCAAGAGGAGGAGAUGAAGAUAAAGAUGGCGACCGACCCAAGGAUGAAGAGGUACCGCCGCUGGAUGAAGAAUGAGGGACCGGGUCGGCUGACAUUCAUUGACGACUGACAGCCGCAAGCUCCGACUGUAACCUACACACCUGCCUCAGUGCCAACAUACACGGACAACACACGCCGUGCUGUGUGGAGAAAUACCUGUACAGAAAGAUUAACUAUGCCUGUUUAUAUAGUGAGAGAUAUUUUCAUAGCGAUCAGGCCUCAGAAAGGGUCAUAACGAAGUGGAAUAAACUGUGAGCUAAGAAAUUUGAGUGUUUUUUUUUUUUUUUCAAACCAAGUCCACUUCAUUUUUAAAUCAAGUUUAAUGAUUGUUUUAAACUAUUAUUCUGUCAUUUUCUCCAGCUGUUUUUUUUUCUCCUGCUGGUAAAAACAGAUUAAUGAGUUUUGGUGCCUGAGUUAUGCGAAGUAACCAGAAGGCUACCAGUUUGCCACAGCCAACAUUACAGUCAAAGUGUCCUUGGGUAAGGCACUGGGCCAUUAACCUGCUCACUCUUUAUGCUGCUCUAGUGUCAGUUCAAUGUCUGAAAUCUAAAAUGAGUACAGAGUAUUUUCAUUUACUGCUUUUAUGAUGAAUAAACCAGGGCCAGAGUGUGUUUUUUUUUU